GAACUUCAAAUAUUUGCUUUAAUAAUUAUUUUAUAUGACUUCCGGCAUUCCCUUCCACUGUUGCCAUAUUUACAGGUGGGUAGGUUGUUCAAACUGGCCAGCCCCCUUCUGGCUCCGGUUUGGAAAUUUGAUCAGUUCGUUGCGUGCCUGCGCCGAGAGCGAACGCCAUAACCGUUUUUUCUUUGCGUGCCUGCUAGAGAAGUGUUGUCGGCCGGCCAUGGACCCGCCACGCCAUAUCGUCACCACAGGCUUCACCACGCCGCAGCCACCCGUCUACAUAUUCACCGCACCGCCACCACAGCCACCAUGUGGAGUGCCGCCGCCGUUCGCCUAUCAUCCACCUCCAACUCCAACGCCGUACUUUUCUGUGCCUCCACCAACCCUAAGUGUUCCGCCGCCUACCUAUCCCUCCUGGACUGUGGAGGAGACUACCACAACCACAGUCCGUCGAGUGAUGACCUUUGGCGCUGCCCCACCCCCGCUUGCUCAAGGGUGGACCGUCCCACCACCGCUUGCUCAAGGUUGGACCGCCACUCCCCCGCUCAGAGCUGCACCUGCAACUCUAGUCACAGAGAUAACAGAUGUGACCAAUGAGGCAGAGGCAGAGCCAGUCUUAGCUUCCCACAUUGUAGCUGCUUCCACACCUGCCUCAGAGGGCACAUCAGAGGCAGGCGGCGCUGUCUCAAUGGGCACAUCACAGGCAGGCGGAGCUGUCUCAAUGGGCACAUCACAGGCAGGCGGAGCUGUCUCAAUGGGCACAUCACAGGCAGGCGGAGCUGUCUCAAAGGGCACAUCACAGGCAGGCGGAGCUGUCUCAAUGGGCACAUCACAGGCAGGCGGAGCUGUCUCAAUGGGCACAUCACAGGCAGGCGGAGCUGUCUCAAUGGCCACAUCACAGGCAGGCGGAGCUGUCUCAAUGGGCACAUCACAGGCAGGCGGAGCUGUCUCAACUGCCCACGUUGCUGUGGCAAGUGUAGCUCCCACAGCUGGGCACAGGGCUGUGCGGGCAUCAGCACGCCUUGCCCGACCAGCUGGGCCGUCCAAACCAGAACCAGCAGAACCUGUAGCUGGACCCUCCAGGCCGUCGACGAGGUCCUCGUCCAAGCGGGACCCAAUCGACAAACUCCACGAUGAGAUUGACGCUAUGUUAACGUCUUAUCCGGGAAAUGCAAGGGAUGCCCCCAAGAAAAAGAAGGUUAAAUUUAUUGACUCUGACUCAUCAGAUGAGGAUGAGUUGGAACCUGCAAAACCAGUAUUGAAACAUUGCGACAGCCCAAUAGUCAUUACUGAUACGGACGACUCUCAUCCGGGCAGUUCAGAAGAAUCUGAUGUGGACGAAAGUGAGGAUAAGAGGGUUCCACGCGAAGAGGAAUUGAAAGCAGAUAUCUGCUGCAUAGAACUGGAGGAGCUAAACAGGGAAUCAGAAAUUAUGAGGUGCUACCCAUGCACCUGUGCAAAAGCAUGUGUAGAACAUGCCGUGGGAUGGUUGAAAGACAAUCGCACUUGCUAUCACUGCCGCACACCAAUCACUGAUUGCGAAGCAGUGCCUAAUUAUUAUAGGUUCUAGAUUGUGUUUUCUUCCGUUACUACAGUAAUUAUAUUGCACCAUGCUCUUAGUACCAGUCAUUUGGGGCAAGUAAUUUUUGUUUUUAUUUUAAUUGGUGUCUUCUUAUUUUCUUAAAUAGCAGAAUUUUUCUUAUCAAAGGUUUUUGUAAAAUAAUUUUUCUGUGCUCUAUUGGUUUCCCUGUUCAAGAACUAUUUGCAUUCGCAGUUACAUAAACCAAAUAUGUUGGUACCUUAACAUUUUAUGGUUAUAAAAAAGUUUCGGAAAGCUCUUCUUUGGGGCGGGUAAUUUUUGUGGGCCUUGCCUUUUAUUGUCCUUGGUAGGCUUGUUCAAUCAAGUGGCUUUUGUUUUUCAAAUAUAAUUUUUAGUGUUAUAUGAGGAAAGAUUCAAAUUGUGAAUUGUUGCUCUGUUCAGAGGAAUUGAAAGCAGAUCGUGUUUUCUUCCGUUACUUCAGUAAUUAUAUUGCACCAUGCUCUUAGUACCAGUCAUUUGGGGCAAGUAAUUUUUGUUUUUAUUUUAAUUGGUGUCUUCUUAUUUUCUUAAAUAGCAGAAUUUUUCUUAUCAAAGGUUUUUGUAAAAUAAUUUUUCUGUGCUCUAUUGGUUUCCCUGUUCAAGAACUAUUUGCAUUCGCAGUUACAUAAACCAAAUAUGUUGGUACCUUAACAUUUUAUGGUUAUAAAAAAGUUUCGGAAAGCUCUUCUUUGGGGCGGGUAAUUUUUGUGGGCCUUGCCUUUUAUUGUCCUUGGUAGGCUUGUUCAAUCAAGUGGCUUUUUUUUUCAAAUAUAAUUUUUAGUGUUAUAUGAGGAAAGAUUCAAAUUGUGAAUUGUUGCUCUGUUCAGUAAGAACCACAGUUCAGAACCGCAGUUAUUUUUUGUUUCAUUUUUUAUGUUUUGUAUUUUAAUAGUUGACUCAGAACAGUAAUAAAAUGUUUGCGAUCAUGAGUAUUAUUUUAUUUUCUUUUACAUUUGCCAAAAAAUGGUAGAUCAACUCUAUUUGUAGCAGGUGUGAUUGCACUAGGCAAAAUCUCACGCCAUGUAGAUCUUCAUUUAUUAAUUCAUCACUUAUCGGUUGCUGUCUCAAAGUCUUCAAAAGUGGGAGGGACAAACCGGUGGUGUGAACCAGGAAAUAAAUGAUCACAUAUACUGUAGAGAAGUUACGAUAUUGAUUUAUGCUGGCACAUCAAGUACUCCAUCAAAGCACCAAAAACAAAGCAACAGAAUACAAUAAAAGAAAUACUAAAAAACAAUACAUACAGUGACAGUCCAAAGGCCGGAAAAGGAAAGAAUAUGAAAUGAGUUUUGUUAAAGUAUCAUUAUGAUGGAAGGGA